CAGACUCCGUGCGGACGGGCAGCGGUUGGUGGUUUAUCCGGAAGACCAAACCAAAGACCUUUUUUUUUUCCACGCUUGUUGAAUGUAAGCUAAUAAAAUUUCGACUGAGCGCGUUGGCUUCAGUCUGUCUUCUUAGAGAGGUCUCGUUUGUAUUAAGAGUCUCAAUGAGGAAACAGCGAAAGAAAUAGUCCCGGGUGACAAGAGCAACAGCUCCUCAUUAUCGGUCGUUGCAUCCCGUAAAGGAAAAGCGAUAAGACACGGCAAUAGUCUCACCAAGCGUGGACCAACUCUUUAAGACGCUGAAUCAUGAGGUUAACAGGCCCUCUGCGAGCUGUGGCUGUACUGCUGCUGGUGGGGCUCACAUGGCUCCUAGCAAGCACUUUAUUUGGAGGGGAAGGAGGUUCAUCUGUGCGCCAUUUCUUCAGUGGUACAAGUGAGGAACCAACACCGGCAGAGCCCCGCCCUCGGAGGUAUAAAUGUGGCCUUUCAGCCCCUUGUCCACCAAAGCAUUUGGCUUUCCGUCUGGUGUCUGGAGCUGCCAAUGUCAUUGGCCCUAAAAUCUGCUUGGAGGACAAGAUGUUAGUGAGUAGCGUGAAGAACAACGUCGGCAGGGGCCUGAACAUAGCUUUAGUGAACGGGGUGACGGGUGAGCUCUUGGAGACAAAAACCUUUGAUAUGUGGGCAGGAGAUGUUUCGGACCUGUUGAAGUUUCUCCGGCCGCUUCACGAGGGAACCCUUGUGUUCGUGGCUUCCUUUGAUGAUGCAGCUACGAAGAUGAACGAUGAGGCUCGCCGUCUGUUUGAAGAGCUCGGCAGCACAGCUGUGAAGGAGUUGGCAUUCAGAGACAGCUGGGUGUUUGUUGGAGCCAAGGGCAUUGAAAAUAAGAGUCCCUUUGAGCAGCGCAUGAAAAACCAUAAAGGCAGCAACAAGUACGAGGGCUGGCCCGAGUCUCUGGAGAUGGACGGCUGUAUUCCCCUGCGGCCUCCGCUGGAAGGUUAAUUCUGCUCCGUGCCCUCUCUUAUAUGCAUUACAGUAAGUAAUGGAGUAGCGUCAGCGAAACAGUGAGACUGUUAGAAAACCCUGGAGCUGCUAAAUGGCUGAACUCAUUGAAGAUUUGAGCCAUGACUAACCUUUUUAUUUCUUUUCCUCUCGUGGCCGAGUCAAAGAUUGUCUUGACUUGACGUAUUUAAAAUUGCUGGAACCUUUUUGUAGAUGCUUUGUGGAUUAAUCUUUGUGAGCUACUUUUGAAGCUGAAGUAAUGUUAUAGAAAUGAGGAUUAUGAUGUCAGGUAAAGGAAACUUGAAAUGUUAGUUGACCAAAGUGUAACAAUGACGAGUGAAUGAUUACAACUGGAGUGGGUCUUCCAAAGCCGUUGAUGAAUACAUUUCCUUCCUUCAAGACGGUGUCAAUCUACUGUGGCAGAGCAACAAGAGUUAUGUAGGUAGGUCAGGUUAUGUACACCUGCACAAUAUAAAAAAGCCUCACCUGACUAGCUUCACACUACGGCAAUGGGAUCCCCAGUCCAUGUCAACAGAAGAGAAACUUUUUGAGAUACUCCGGUAGUUUAAAGAGUCCUAAGCGCCAGGUUUUGUGGAAAUUUUAUAUAUUUGAAGACUUUAAUAUAUUUUCAUUCUGUAAUAUAUAUAUAUUUCAGUGAGAUUGUUAUGCCUUGUGUUAGCUACCCUUGUUUCCUUAGAACUUGACGCACAGCUGUUAUCGAUUACAUGUUUACAAAUUUCUUGACGCGUAUUAGGCCUUGUCCCUCGUCCUUUGAUAAAAACUUAUUUAUUAUAAAAUAUUAAAAACACCAGAUUAAUUGUGUGGGUUUGUCAUUACACCGCCGAUGGUUUUAAUGUUACCUCAGGCCUGCACGCAUUCUUUCCACUGAGUGCUUUGUUUAAGGUUUUAACAUACAUGUGCGAUUGUGUACCUUUUUAUUCUUCUUCUUUUAAAUGUUGAAUGUGUUUGAGUCUAACAUGUAGUAAAUAUAAAGAAAUAAAAUAUUAUUUUAUGAGUAGGGGUAGAAGUCCGGUAUAGCCGCCCCGGUGUAAAGGUUUUCUACAAAUCAUUAUGAUCUGUGUUUGUACUGCUGCGACAACACCGAUGAAUAAAUAAUGUCACUACAAGUCUG